CGCUAAAGCGACCAACUUCAUGCUGUUAAAAUUUUGUGUUACAGUGAUGCGCGCGCAUCUUAAAAUUUCACUCUCAUCAUUUUUUCAUAACGCGCCUAAAGAAGUAUAACUUCAAAAAAUAAAUAAAACCGAUUUCAAAUUCGAAAAUGGAACUAAACAGUAAAAAUAAUAUCUGGUUCAUGAUUUGGAAGUCGGGCGGGGUCAAGAUUGAAACAUUAAAUAGAUUUUCGUUUCUGAUCGGUAAUAAUACCCUUGUAAUAUAAUCUUGACCCUGGAAGGGUACACUUUACGGCGCUCGUUCGCCAAAAUUAUUGACUUUAUGAAAAAAAAGAUAAAUACAUAAAUUGUAGGCAAUUGUCUCUAGUUUCAUUUUGUAUUAACUGUUUUUAUCGUAAAAUGAGUUGGAAAGGAGAUAUUGUCAAAAGACUGCUUUUAGGCGCCAUUUUUCCAAUAUGACGGCGCGAGCGGCAAAAAUACGAGGUGGCAAACUCGAAAUUCAGAAAGAGCGCCUCAAAAUUUUAUAAAAUUACCGAUUUUCAAAACUCAAAACUUUCCGGGUAACCACUAUAUUUCUCACCAAAUGACUGUACUAUUGUCAAGUUCGAAGUAUGAUAGGUGGAAAAAAACAAAAUAAAGAAAAAAAAAAACAUUCAACAUUCAUUCGACUAUAAUAAAAUUCGAGGAGAGGCGAGGAGCUCGAUGGCGCAAGUGGUUAGCGCGUUCGGCUGCGAUCGUUAAAGUUAAGCAACUUUCGCAGUGGUCGGUCAUUGGAUGGGUGAACAAAAAUUUAAUAUCUCGAGUUCCUCCGUGCUUCGGAAGGCACGUUCAGCCGUUGGUCCCGGCUGCAUCUGCAGUCGUUAGCGCCCACCAAUCCGCACUGGGCCCGCGUGGUGGGUCAUGGCCCAAUCUCCUUAUUCCAUCCAAAGGGAAGGCCUGUGCCCCGGCAGUGGGGACAUUAAUAGGCUGCUGAUGAUGAUAAUAAAAUUGGGUAUGGAUUUCGCUGACACCCUAGAUUAACACAUGGGCUACGUUUUACUGCGGGAAAAUAUCCCUAAUAAACCGCGGGUAACACCGCGGGGCACAGUCAGUUUUAUUUAAAAAACACACAAUAAAAUUAUACGUAAAUAGCAGCAGGUAGCGAAAGGUCAAACUACUCACUCGGUAAUAGAUACUAAUUUGCCCUGUAUUGUUUUUCUAAGUUUAACAGCCGCAGUUCAAAAGUUACAGCAACAAGCAAGUUAAUGUUAUUCUGUCAGUCAGUAUAUUGUUGUGUGUGAACGUUACUUCUUUAUCGCGUUUGAAAUGUUACAAGUUGGAACAAUAACAAAUCAGUUCCACUGAUGCAUCGGACGGAACGUGUGGCCGCAAUCCGGUGGGUAUCAACGUGAUCGCAGCGCGACGCGCAGGCGCAAACGAAAGCGGAUACCUGCGCGCGCGCAUAUCAGGAGUUAUAUGACAUCACCGCGCCUGUGUGCCUGUGGUGUGGAGACGGGCCGGCUAUGACAUCACUAUGACCUCACUCAUCAUUAGUCGGUGGACCGCAGCGCUAGACGGACGCACUCGGCAGAACACACAAUAUCUAUACAUGAAAAGCGAAGUGAAACAAAACAAAUCAACGGAUCGUAGAGAUAGCGAGCGCCCUUUAACAAAAUGAGUAAAACGAGCAGCCUGAGAGCCGGUCGCGGCAUCCAGGUGGCAGUGCCCGAGGAGCACAAGUUCAAGCUGGACGAGGCUGCUCUGAGCGAGCUGCUGCUCAGGGAAGACGUGCGCGAUUGCAGCGUCGUGGUCAUCUCCGUCGCGGGUGCCUUCCGCAAGGGCAAGUCCUUCCUGCUGGACUUCUUCCUCAGAUAUUUGAAUCAUAAGUAUAACCUUGGCGAUGCUGGCGGUGAUUGGAUGGGCUCGGAGGCCGAGCCGCUGGAGGGGUUUAGCUGGCGCGGCGGCUCCGAGCGCGACACCACCGGCUUGCUCAUGUGGUCGCAGCCCUUCCAUGCAAUACUACCUAGCGGCGAGAAGGUGGUGAUUCUGCUGAUGGACACGCAGGGUACGUUCGACAGCGAGUCGACGGUGCGCGACAACGCCACAGUGUUCGCACUCUCCACCAUGAUAUCCUCCGUGCAGAUCUACAAUCUCUCGCAGAACAUAGAGGAAGACGACCUGCAGCAUCUUCAGUUAUUCACGGAGUACGGGCGCCUGGCACAGCAGAGCAUCAGCGGCAAGCCGUUCCAGCGGCUGCAGCUGCUCGUGCGUGACUGGAGCUUCCCCUACGAGCACCCGUACGGAGCCGAGGGUGGACAGCAGCUGCUGGUGAAACGACUUGAGGUGCAAGAGGGUCAGCACGCGGAACUGCAAGCGCUGCGCCGCCACGUGGCCGCGUGCUUCCAGGAGCUGGCGUGCUUCCUGCUGCCGCACCCCGGCCUCACCGUCGCCACCGACCCGCGCUUCAACGGCAGCCUGGCCGACAUAAGCCCAGAGUUCAAGACUUACCUGAAGCAGCUGGUAGACAUGUUACUGACGCCCCAGAACCUGGUGCCGAAGCUGAUCGGCGGCCAGAAGGUGAAGGCCAAGGACCUGCUGCUCUACUUCAAGGCCUACAUGAACGUCUUCAACGGAUCAGAGCUGCCGGAGCCCAAGAGUAUAUUGGAGGCGACAGCCGAAGCCAACAACCUAUCAGCGGUGGCGGAAGCGCGCGAAGUAUACUCCGCCCUCAUGGAGGAGAUAUGCGGCGGCACCCGCCCAUACCUGCCGCCCGACGCGCUGCAGAGGGAGCACGCGCGGGCGAGGGACAAGGCGCUGCAUGCCUUCCACGCAAGGAAGAAGAUGGGAGGGGAGGAACUGGCUGGUGUUUAUACGGAGCAGCUCACCAAUGAAUUAGAAGAGCAAUUCGAACAGUUAGCCGCUCACAACGAGGCAAAGAACAUCUUCAAAAUGGCGGGCACUCCUUUAGUAUUGGCGGCGCUGGCGUUAUUGGGCUACCUUGUGUCCAGUAUCAGUAGCGCCAUGGGAAUCCAGACCGGAGUGGCCCUGGGGCAGAUCCUGGCCAUCACCGCCGCCGCCAUGCUGGCGCUGUGGGGCUACAGCAGGAUUACCGGCAGAUUAAGGGAGUUUGCGAUACAGAUCGAUGAGGCUGCGGGUACCGUCAAAAACUAUGUGACCCGACAAGCGUGGGAAUCCGUGGGACCGCGUGCGGCCGCGGCUGCCGUCGGUUACAGCGGCGACGACAAGAAGCGGUCCUAACACUCGCCUACAUCUCACCUAUUACGCCUAUACUUAAACCACCUUAUUAAUAAACGAAGACGCUUGGAUUAGUUACUCUAUGUUUAGUCUCUGUCUAUUGAAUGACAAAUGGUAUUUGAGUGGCAUGAACAAAACACGGCGAAACUAGUCUAAGCUUAUUCCUUAUUGAUAUACAGGGUGUUACAAAAAUACAAAUAAAGCUUGAAGGGCGUUGAAGUACGUCAUAUAAGGAGUCUUCUCUAAUUUUCUUAAAAUAUUUGCAUGAAGUUUUAACCGUUUAUAAAAACAGUUAUUUUUAAUGAUCCUCGAACUAGUAACGUGUCUAAAAAUGAUCGAUAUUAUUAUUAAUCAUUAAAAAUAACUGUUUUUAUAAAAAGUUAAAACUUCAUGCAAAUAUUUUAAGAAAAUUAGAGAAUUGUAUACUGUAUAAGUGUAGUUGUACUGUAUAAGUGACUGGGUUAUAUUGUAUCAUAAGAGCGUUGAAGGCACAUAGGUAUAAGAAUAGAGUGGGGAAGGCGGCUAUAAAAGUGUCCGUCUAGUAGAAAGAGAAAGAAGAUGAGAGACCGCUAGCUAUCUCUCUCUCUAGUGACGCAUGCGCAGUCGUCUGCCUAAUAGUUGGUCCAAGCAUCACAUCGAAAUAGUAAGAUGCUUACGGUUGCCAAUGCGCAUGCGCGUUUAGAGAGAGAAAGCUAGCGGUCUCUCAUCUUCUUUCUCUUUUUAUUAGAGCGACAUUUCCACUUGUAGUAGAGCCUAUAUCUCCCCUACGAUAUUCUUAUACCUCUAUGGUUGAAGGACGAGUAUCGUAAACAUAAAAUGAGGGUUUUCUGCAUUGACGGGCGCCAGGUGGUGGCACUGAGGCGAAAGGUCUACUCAUCCGUCAAAUCACGUAUGACGUCAUAGUAUAUGGAUCAAUUUAAAUGCUCGUUGGAUUAAUUCGCGCUAAAAACUUCGUACAAAAGACCUCAUGCCGCAGUGGCACCAAGUGUUGACGUAAAUUUUCCUAACCACCCUCAUUAUGCAGCAUCGAGGAGCGCCAUCUAUUGAGUACUGCUAUCCUAUGAUAGCUUUUUGAAGAAGCAAUGAAGAUUCGGUAACGCUACGGCCACACUCAGAUGAUGAUGAUGACUCAGAUAGAUGCCUAUCUGAGCGGGGCGCAGGGACGCCUGGGGGAGAGAGGGGGGUCUGUUUAGGUAGUAGUAAUUGUACGCAUUUAUAGGGUUGUCAUAGGCAGGUGUAAAACGAUAUUUUUAUUAAUUUAAUUAGAAAAUAAAAGUGGUCUGAAAGGUGUCAAACUUUCGUUGGUAAUUCUAUACAAGGAACACAACCAAACCCUAAAGUUUUAUUUCGGACUUUUGUCACACCCGUAUAUAUAUAUAUAUAUAUAUAUAU